GACUCUGACCUGCUUUCUGUAAUUUUUUUUAUAAGUGCUGAACUUUAACUAGAAGGCACAGGACAAAAGGCAAAACAGUGCCAGACAAACAGCCACCCAGACAGGACUCCUCCUAAACCAGGGGUGACCAUGACCUGCUGCGAAGGAUGGACAGCCUGCAAUGGAUUCAGCCUGCUGGUUCUACUUCUGUUGGGAGUAAUUCUCAAUGCAAUACCUCUAAUUGUCAACUAUGUGGAUGAAGACCAAUUUUUUGAAAACCCCAUCUCCUGCUUUGAAUGGUGGUUCCCUGGAAUUAUUGGAGCAGGUGUGAUGGCCAUUCCAGCAACAACGAUGUCCUUGGCCGCGAGGAAAAGAGCGUGCUGCAACAACAAAACCGGGAUGUUUCUUUCAUCACUUCUGAAUGCCAUCACAGUCGUUGGAGCUGCAUACUGCCUGCUGGUGUCCAUCCAGGCUCUCGUGGAGGGCCCUCUCAUUUGCAACUCUCAAAGCAACGCAACUUCCAGUUGUGAAUUUUCACUUAAAAACUUAACUGCCAAUUACCACGAAUCCUUUGAUCUGCAGUGGUUCUUCGAAGACUCUUGUGUUCCUCCUACGGAUUCUGAUAACCCUUCCAUCACCAACACAACGGCCAGUAACUGGAGAGUACACAACUUGCACUUCAAUUCUAUAGAAAACAAACACAGGAUUAUCCAUUUCUCAGUAUUUUUAGGUCUGCUGCUCGUGGGCAUUCUCGAGAUGCUGUUUGGACUCAGUCAGAUCAUCAUUGGCUUCCUUGGCUGUCUGUGUGGAGGAGUCUCUAAGCGAAGAAGCCAAAUCGUGUAGUUUAAAACAAUAAAAUGUAAAUACUAGUUUAAAUCAUUUGAGAACCUUUAAAACACAUGCUUUUAGAAGUUCAAUAAUAGAACAUUACCUAGAAAGCUGUGGAUGAGUCAGUUUAGCCCAAAGGUUGUUUUUACUUUAUUUUUCAAAGGUUGUUUUUAAAGUCAUAUUUGAUAUAAUUAAAAAACAAAUCACAUUUAAGCAUGCUGGUAAAUGCAAAUUCUCAUAUGGAAAGAAAAAUAUCAGUCAUUGACUUUGGAGAAAAGUGGAGAGAAGCUUUCUGGUUAUUUUGUGUCUUUCUGUACUGGUGUAUUAUUUGGAUUUUCUAACUAUAUUCUCAUAUGUGGAGAAAGGGAGGGAGAGUAAGCAGGACAGAAGUUAUACUAGAAGACAAAGUAUGGGAUUUCUCUUUUUUUUAAAAAUAUUUCUCUAUAAUUAAAAACGAUAAAUAUAUACAAUUGACCCUUGAACAACUGGGGUUUCGACUGUGCAGGUCCACCUGUGAAGCAGAUUUUCCCCAACAGUAAAUACAAGAGUACCACAUGAUUUUCAGUGCUGUUGGUUGAAUCUGUGGGUACAAGAGCCCUGGAUACAGUCGAACCAAGGAUAUGGAAAAAACAGGCAUAUUAUAUGGAGGACCAGCAACAUUUUCUUGCCUGGAAAAUCCCAUGGUCAGAGGAGCCUGGAAGGCUACAGUUCAUGCGGUCGCAAAGAGUCAGACAGACUGAGCAACUAACACUUGUAACAUUUGAUUGUGUAGAAAGUUGGUGCCCCUAACUGACCAAGCUGUUCAAGUGUGAAAGGUAAUCUGAAUAUAAUCAAGUUUUCAGACCUCAUUCAGCUUACAGGAAAUCCAAGAAAAGAGGACAUAUUCAGACAAAUUCAAAAGGUGGGAUAGCACAGAACAGUCAACUGUUCUCAACAAGAAAAUGUAGUACAAGAAAGAAAAUAAAAAGUUGGAUGGGUUGAGGGAACUAUUCUAGAUUAAGAGACCAAAGAGAGGUAUGAUUCAAGCAAAUGGACUAUGUGGACCUUCUCAGGGGUAACUGAGGGAACAUGUACAAGGACUGGUUUAGGUAUUAUUAGGGACUUAUUGUUCGUUUUUUUAUGACUGAUGACGGUUUUAUGGUUAUGCAGGAAACUGUAUUUUUCAGAAAUGCAUUAUUUAUGCAUUUGGGGAAAACAUCACAUUUUUAAGACAUUUCAGCUAAAAAAUGAAGCAAUGGAAAAAUGUUAAUUAUUAUAUUUAGGUGACAGGUAUAUGGCAAUUCAUUACAUGAUUCAAUUUUCUUAUGUUUGCAUUUUUCAUAGUAAUUAAAAAACAAUAAACACCUGGGGGGAAAAUCAAGUCUUUCACAAUCUGGCUUAUACAUAUGCCAAGUUCAAAAGACAGGAUAACAAAACAGUGUAUUGGCCAUAUUAAAAUGUUGUAGACAAAAUUCAAAAUCUACCAUUUUCUGAAUUAUGAUCAUGCCUGUAUUUUUAUUCAAUUACUUAUAUAUUAUAUUAACUGGGCUUAAGAUUCUAGAAAUAAUUUACAAUUCCUAUAGCUGCCUGCGUCCCCCAACCAGUAACAUCAAGAGCUUACAGGCAUUUUUUUUCUGAACCAAUUUAUAAAGAUCUUCUCCCUAUGCUCCUAUAAAUACCUACUUACCCUUAAAUAUCUCCUACUUGAGAAAGCCUUCCUAGAGUGCGUGAUUUCAACAAAAAUCAGCAGGUACCGAAACCACUGUUAUCACACCUCAUGUCAUGUUGCAGUGUAACAAGUUACUUGUUCUGAGAGGCUUUCGCUAAUAGCCUAAUGAAAAGUGGGCUUCCCAUCCUCUCUCCUUCAGCAUUCUUUCAUUUACAGUACUUAUCGCAAUGGCAACAGCAUUUUGACUUCCGCUUGUUCCUUAAAUUUCACUCUCCCCCAUAAGACCAUAAGCUGCAAGGCUACAAGGAUGUUUCUUUUAUUCACUCAGGUACAGUCAGGACCAAGUACAGUACCUGAUACAAAGUAGCAAUCUAUGAACAUUUUAUUGCAUGAAUGAAGCAGAUUUUUAGAACUCAGCUUUUAGCCAAGACUCACUGCAUAUUAAAUGAAGGCCAAACUGCUAAGAGUCAUAAAAUUAAAACACAAGUAAAUGUGACAGCUCCCUGAACUUGACUAAACAAGUCAGUGAUGAUGUAUAUAAUCCUCAUCAGCCUGGAAAUGGCUGAGAUGACCCCAGUUCUCUACAGGGUCAUGAACAGAGACUUGAGCCUCUCAUUUCGGAGGGCAAAAGAAAGGAUGGUUGGCAGUAGCACAAUUGGCUGAAACAAGUUAUUUCUUUGCUAUUUUGGUCUUGUGGAAACUGCUGCCAUGGUGUAUAGCAGAUACACCUAAAUGCCCUUAAAUGCCUAAGGCUGAUGGGCCACUUGCGGUGGGUUGGCUACAUGUUAUCUCUACCCUGAUACCUAAAAUUACAAAUGCAUGUCUGUAAAAAUGCCCUCCACCUCCAACCCAGCAACAUGCACCUAUACUUGAAAGUGUUAGUCACUCAAUCGUGUCCAACUCUUUGUGACCCUAAGGAUUGUAGCCUGCCAGGCUCCUCUGUCCAUGGGAUUCUCCAGGCAA